CUUACGGAAAGUGAGCUGCAGGAUGAAGCUCAGAUAAGAAACUCUGCCACAGUCAGACAGACGGACAAACACAGAGCCAGACUUCACUUUCACACUUUAUUCAAACAGAACUUUCACAACAGACUUGAUCUCAGUUUUCUGGGCUCUGGUUGGAGGAUCAGGGAUCAGAGACCUCCAUCAUGGCCACCGCUGACCAGCUGCUGGAGCUGAUGUUCUCCUGGAUCGAGCAGAGGGAGCGCUGUGCAGAGAAACUGAGGAAACUGGCCAAAGAGCUGGAGUUACUCAGGGAGAAGUGUAACGCUGCAGAAUGUGUUGGAAGCACAUAUGCAGUGGUUGGAUCCUUAUCUCUGAUCGGGGCCGGUGUGGCCACUGUGUUCACUGGCGGUGCAGCUGCUCCACUUUUAGGCGUGGCAGGAGCAGUAUGUUCAGGUGUCGGUCUAACUGUAUCUGUGGCUUCUAAAAUCAUUGAGCACUUCUCAUCCAGCGAUACCAUGAAAGAGGCACAGGAGAUUGAAAAGAAGAGCAACAAGGUUGCAGAAGAAAUCCAGGAUCUGUUCAGGCAACUGAAGGCGGAGUGUUCCUCCACUGACCCAGAUGAAGUGGACCAACACGUCAUGACUGAAAUUCUGAAAGGCAUGGCCAGAAGAUGUGGACUCAAAUGGCACCUAAUGGAUUUCAAGAGGAUUUUUGUUGCAAUAAAGAGAAACAUCAACGAGAUCUUAUUCAGUCCUGUAGUGAAAGUUGCACUGGUAGUAAAACUUGCCAGUAUUUUAAAUUUUUUCACAUUUAAAGUUAAUGGGAAAAUAUACAAACAUUUGUUUAACAAAGGAGCUAAAGAAUUCACCAUACCAAUGACUAAAAUUGCUGAAGAAGGAGCAAAAAAACUCACCAAAGACAUGGCUAAGACUGGAUUUAAAAAAGCCUUUAAAGGAGGCGCCAUGGUUGUAGGAGGAGCUGUUGGACUGGCGUUUGAACUUCCUGAGGCGAUUGACAACUGGAAAGAGCUGAUCAAGAAUAAUCAUGUGACUGAAGCGAGCCAAUCACUGAGAGAUACAGCUAAGGCCAUUGAAAAGAUCUGCCAGACACUGAGGGAACAGUUCGACAACAUGAAAAAGAUGUUACAAGAGAUGGACAAAAGACAACAAGAAGAAGAGGAGAAGGCUAAAAGACGACAAGAAGAAGAGAAGAAGGCUAAAAGACGACGAGAGGAAGAGGAGAAGGCUAAAAGACGACAAGAAGAAGUUGAUCAAACAAAUCAAAAUAAAGAGACAGAAAGUGGUCAGCAGGGAGGGGGUGAUCAGGGAGAUAAGGAGAGUGAUAGGGACGAUGAGGAGAGUGAUCAGGAGGAUGAGGAGAGUGAUUGUGAAGAUGAGGAGAGUGAUCAGGAGGAUGAGGAGAGUGAUUGUGAAGAUGAGGAGAGUGAUCAGGAGGAUGAGGAGAGUGAUUGUGAAGAUGAGGAGAGUGAUCAGGAGGAUGAGGAGAGUGAUUGUGAAGAUGAGGAGAGUGAUCAGGAGGAUGAGGAGAGUGAUUGUGAAGAUGAGGAGAGUGAUCAGGAGACGGAUAGUGAGGAAGAGACAGAGGAAGAUGAACGCAAGCAGACUGGUAGAAAAAGGACAAAGCGCCAUCGAAAGAAGGGCACUCGAAGUAAACAAAGAGGAGACAGUGAGGACAGUUGUAUUGACCAAGACCAGAGAACCAUCCAGACACCUCCUGGAACUAUAAGAGGGGCGCUACUCAAUGUUUGUUCACUGGAAAAGAAACGAGACCCUGAAAAAAAAAAAAAAGAUCUUAAAGCUCAUACCAAAAAACAACCUGGACCUCUUUCUCACAACAGAGACGUUGUUACGAGAAGACAAUGCAGACUCAGUCCUCAGGGAGGUUUCACCACCGAAUUACACUACAGAUUAUCAGUUCUGCAUCAUGAUGAGUGGAACCAGCCGGUCCCUGUCAUCAAUGUGUAUCACCCACCGGGGUACAACAGGGACCAGUUCCGUACAUUUCUGGAUGAGUUUGAAACGCUCUUGGCUCAUUUCAACAACUACAACAGCAUCAUUGUGACUGGAGAUUUCAAUAUCUGGGUCGAUCAGGAAAGGAGGUCUUUCACUGAUGAGUUUUAUCAUAUUUGGCCGAUCUACAACCUCGAGCAGCAUGUACGGGAGCCAACACACCGGGCAGGUCACACUCUGGAUCUCGUCCUCACCAGAAAUGUUGAAAUCUCUGAUCUUGUUGUCCGAGAUGAUGGAAUAUCAGAUCAUUACACCGUAUAUUUCAAUGCAAAGCCAGUGUCAAAGGAGAGUCAGGAGAAAACUAAAGAAAACAAGGAUCAAGACGAGCAGCCAAAACGAUUGAAAAAGAGCGAAGAAUAGAAAAUGUUUCAGUAUUUUUACACUUCUGACCUGAAAAUAUUGCAUUCAGUUGGUUUCAAAAAGUAGCUGAGUAAGUGUGACAAGAUAGAUAAAAAUGUCUCAUUCUAAGGUAACAAAAACACAACAAUUCUUAUUUUCAGCUGAUUAUACACUAAUAAAAACAUACCUAUGAAUAUUAUAUUCUAUUUCUGACAAUAGAUCUCUAAGUGCCUUAAUUUGGUAUUUAUUAGUUCUCUGCACUAAUAAUCGUAUGGAUGCGUAAUCAGCCGUUUGCUAGCUAAUUGAUGCCAUUGGCCAUAUUGUGGAGGAUGUGUAGUUGAUGCCUUAUUGUUGUACAUUACUGAUUGUAAACUACCUGGUCUGGAUAAACUUAUAUGGUUGAUAUGGAUUUGCUACACAUCUGUACAUCAGUUAGAUUCUCCACAGUUGAAUCCUUCACUUCAUUUUAUAUAAACUAAUCAAAUCAUCAAAUCUGUGAUCGGUGAUUGAUAAUGUUGUUGAAUACAAGUGGUUCUAUUUGUUUUGUAUUAUAACACCAUAUGUGAGUCUAAUGGAAAUGUGAUGUAGCCUGUGAGUGUAAGGAACGUAACAACUUGUAAUAUAGAUUGUACUAAUUAUGGUCAUUUAUCUUUCUUCCACUUUUCUACGAUCAAUAAAUAACCAAAAUGAA